CCCCGCCCCCAUGGACCUCCUGGCGCCAGCACUCCCUCUGCCUUCCACCCCCGCGCCUGCGACGCCACACGCCGGCGUGCCCGACGACGACGCCGAGAAGAUCAGCGCGUACUACUCGCUCGUUUUCCCUGACUACACCUAUUACCUCCAGACGCUCAAUGUCACCAUUGGCCGGCGCUGCCCAGCUGGCCCAUCCUCCUCCACCGCCGACGCUGCCACCGUCGACGUCGAUCUCGGCGCCCUCAAGAGUGUCUCGCGCCUGCACGCGCGCAUCGAGUACGAUGAGGACCAGGAGCGCUUCGUUCUCAUCGUCGUCGGCCGCAAUGGCGCGUGGGUCGACGGCAUAUGGUCCGGCAGCGGCAGCAGGGUCCCCCUCGGCGAACGAUCACAAAUCCAGAUCGCCUCGCGCACCUUCCACUUCGUUUUGCCGCCUCCGCCUGCCCCGGAAGACUCGCCGUCGCCGAGCUCGGGCUCCUCCGGUCAGCUACGCCGCUCUCCCUCCGUCGAUAUCACCUCCAUGUCAUCCCCACUCUCGGAACCGGCCGUCUCCCCUCCUCCACCUUCUGCGUCCACCCCUCCCGCGAACACGAAGCAUCCCCCUGCGCCACCCCAUGCCUCUACUACCAUCACCACCGCUACCGUUAAAGGCAAGACGAAGGACAACCACCCGACCGCCGUCCCAACAAAGAGCACCACAUCAGGCAAGGGCAAGGGAAAGGCGCCCGCAGCGAACAAGAAGAAACGGAAAGCCCCACCCGAGCCGGAUCGUGCUUCGUCGCCCUCCUCCUCGUUCGUGAAAGUCGAGGACGGCAGCAACGAGCCGGAGAAGGAGAAGGAGCCGGCAGGCCCACCGCCCCCGAAACCUACCCUUACGUACUCGCAAUUAUGCUACCGCGCGAUCAAGUCGCACGGCGGCAAGGCGACCCUGCAUGAGAUCUGCGCCUGGGUCAUGGACCACUUCGAGUGGUACCGGCUCAACCGCGGAACCCCGUGGGAGAGCUCGAUCCGGCAUAACCUCUCCUCCUCGCGCGCGUUCAAGAAGCUCGAGCGCGUGGCGGGCGAGGCCGGGCGCGGCAAGGCCUUCCUCUGGGCCGUCGACGAGAACUUUGAGCACACGCUCGCGCAGCAGGAGGCGCGCUACGCUACGAGCCAGGCGCCCCAGCCGCCUCCGCAACCGAAGAAGAAGCAGCCGACGACGGCGGAGCGGAAGAAGGUGGAGAACAAGCCGAGUCCGUUCACGAGCCGGCCGCUCGAGUUUAGGAAGGAGGGCAGCGCGAGUGGGGCCGCGACGCCGAGUGCGGAGCAGGAGCAGGGGCACGGGCGCGGGCACGGGCAGCAGGAACCGCCGGGCGUACACCAGCAGCCGACGUUUAUAGUGCAACCGCAGGCGCCGAUGGUAGCGCAGGCGGCGUCGGCGGUGGCGCCUCCACCUCCUCCACGACCGAUAUCGACCGCACCGAAGUCGCAGGCUGUGGGAGGACCCUCAGCGCAGAAUCCGAAUCCGACUCCGACUCCAGGCGGUAUGCCGCGGUUGCCGCCCGACCUGCGCGUGCCGAUCGUCGUCGGCCCGCUCCCGCCGUCAUACGUUCCUCCUCCCGCUCCCGCCGGGUCGCAAACGCCGGCGCCGAUCGUGCUGCACGACAACACGCUUUUCCUGAAUCCGGCUAUCUUUGCAUCGCUCUCGGCGGAGCAGUUGAAGGCGCUAGAGGCGCUCGGCGCGGCAAAGGCGCUCGAGAUUUUGCAGGGGUAUAUCAAGCGGUACAUGGACGAGAAGAGGAGGGCGGCGAGGGGAGGGGCGAGGGGGCGUGGGAGGAAGGUCGGGAGGGGGAGGGGAGGGGCGGUGGGAGGGCAGCAGCAGCAGGGGACGGGGCCAGGGCAGGCGCAUAGAGGUCAGGGAGAGAUGCAGGUAGAUUCGCAGGAGCAGCAAGGAAGGAAGAACGACGCCGCGGUGGGAGCGGGAGGUGGGCAGCGCGCACCGUCUCCGGUGAUCGUUAUUGACGACGAUGACGAUGAGGCUCCUGCGCCGGAUGAGGGCCCUGUGGCUAAGCGGCGGCGCGUGGAGGGCGGGACGCAGGCGUGACCGAUCGAGAUCGGGUUGCCCUGUCCGUUCCUUCGUCUUGCUGGUCCUUUCCCUUGCGUCUGAGAAGGCUUGGGCUCCGGACGGCUGCGAUGUGGAUCUGCGAUACCCAACCAUACAUACCUAGCGAUGUAGAUGUUUCACGCGCGCUCGGCUAGAGGUCGGUUCGUCUUGCGACGUGUUCAUGAUUCAACUGUCGUGAUUCGUGUUUCCUGUUCUCGUGGGAUGUAGUAGCUUACGUUCUACGCGGUAAUGUGCGCCGACACGCGCUGGUAGAUUAUAGCAUACUCUUUUGAGCGCGUGAUGCGGCU